AUGCAUCUUUAAACUGCUCCCAACAAAAUCCCCUCCACAGAUACAGGGCCCACCGCGUGGCGCAGGAAUGCUGGCAACAAGGCGGCGAGGAAGACAUCUGAAUGUAUCGGAUACUCCUCUCCAUGGGUCGUUAACAGGCAUCGACCUCCUCAAAGCCUUAACGACGGCAAAUACAGCGCAAAGCAAUCAAUCGCCAUCAACACACUAGAAUAUUCUAGGGAUGGAAUAAUUGAUAGGCUGUCUCCUGGUGCGUAACGGAGAGGCGGCGGUGAUUAAAUUCUGUUUAACAUCUCGGUAGGGGGGUUUAGAUUUACACCAUCCGCGCGUUGAGACGAGCACAGAACCAAGUAUUGAUAUCCAGACAGCAUCUGUAACAUGAUCGAAGUGUAUAGAAGGCGAGGUGGGCUAUUAUGUGAUGAGGAGGGGGUCAUCGACUCAUUCACAGUGUAGCACCUGUCAGUCAAGAACCAUGACAGUAUACCCAAGUUGCACACUCGUAAUGAAGAGGUGAAAAGUUAUGGCUUCCAGUCUGUGUCAUUAGGCUCACUUUUACCAGUCUGAACAAAAGUCACUACUCAUAUGUCUUACUUGAAACUUUGGACAGGUAUGUCCUAUGUAAAACUUAUGACAACUCUAAAGGGUGCACCUUCAGGUAUACCCUCACUUUUUUUUUUCAUCUGUUGGGUCAUUCGUUUGUUCUUUAGUGAUCUGCUGUACCUGCCACCUUUUAAGACUCUGAAAAUUCAUUGAAACUAACCAUUAAAACUAGAUAAGUAGACAAAAAGAGGUUGAAAGACUUGUUAAGGUGGACUUUCUGCAGUCCAAGAAUGACAGGCAUGUAUCCAGCCUCACCUUGGACAUAUAGCUACAAAAUCUCUCUUUCUCCCCCCCUCCACCCCAACAGUCCAAGCUACUUGUAAACUACAUGACAUCAGUGAGGAAGAAGGGGGGUGGGGGGGUGGGGGUGUACUUGGGAGCUGCUGGUGAACUGGGCGGGCGCUGUUGCACGUGUUCUGAAUGGGGAAGACGGGCUCGCAUCGCAUUUCUCGUGUCCAAUCGAUCCCCGCUCGGGAGGAGCGACGGGAGCGCAACUAUCACUCCUACAUCACCGUACCAUCACUCUCAUCAGCAUCUCUCCGGCGACUAUAACGCCUCCCCGUGACAAUCGCGCGCAGGUUGAUGAACUUGUGUGUGGAGUGUUUCGCCAAUUAAAAAAAAAAAAAAGAAAAAAGAAAGAAAACAUCAGCCCGGCGUCUCUUUGGGGGAAAUUACGCACUUUUGAUGACUUUCUCCUUAGUCUGGGUUUGAGAUGGGACGCGGCGAGAUCAUGGGAGAUUGGACCACAUCACCACUGCGCGAGCUCUGCUUUCUCAGCCGGCUCCGUAGGGCUGGUUCUCCGGCGUGGCAGUAGCCUCAUCCUCCCCCCCGCCCCCCCCCCCCCCAUUCCCCGCUUCGGUGUGUUUGUGCGCGGACUCCGGGACCUGGACAGGAGGCUCAAAAGGAUUGCCCCGUUUAGUGGGAAAAACAAAAUCAGUGGAGUUGAAGCAGGAAGUGGCAAAGCUCUCUAUUAUCUCACCUGGAUCCUUUACAAUUCCCAGUGAUCAUGCCAUCGAGUUUAUAGAUUUGGGGGCUUCUUCUGUUGUGAGGUGAGGAAGAGGAGAAGCAGGAGGAAAAGGAAGAAGAAGAAGAGGAGGAGGAGGCGGCGGCGGCGGUGGUGGAGAGUUGAGGUGUGAGUGGAUGCAGUCAUGGUCUGUACGCUCUGUCCAUAGAGGAGCUACUCAGUGGAAGAGAGAUCAAAAGAGACAGAGACGACAAACAGGAUGAAACUGUGGGGGAGGUCAGCUUGGCCUUUGCAGGUGGCCUUCCUCGUUGCCUUGGUGAUGCUCUGCGUUGACCCGGUGUCCGCUGGCAACCGUAACCAUCGGGGACCGACAGUGUCAUACCAGGUGAAGCAGGGGACAUGUGAGGUGGUGGCCAUCCAUCGCUGCUGUAAUAAGAAUAAGAUUGAGGAGCGCUCUCAAACCGUCAAGUGUUCCUGUUUCCCGGGGCAGGUUGCCGGCACCACCAGAGCCAGGCCUUCGUGUGUGGAAGCCUCCAUUGUAGCCCAGAAGUGGUGGUGCCACAUGGAGCCAUGUAUGGAUGGGGAAGAGUGUAAGGUCCUUCCUGACCUGACUGGCUGGUCCUGCAGCACUGGCAACAAAGUCAAAACCACCAAGGUCACACGAUAGCAAGAGAGCCGCUGAGCCAUGUGGAAACCUGAGACGCUCCAUGUGGAGAGGAUGGAUGACUCACACAUAUUUACUGUACGAUGGGGAAAAAUAUCAAGGAAAGGACCGCCAUCAGGCUAUCCAUCACUAAACUAUGGGAUAAAAUGUGCUCAUCACAAACAAUGUACACUUGGCUACAUGGAGCCACCUAUACAGCAUAUACAGUAUGCUGGUUAAGACCAAUAGACUACAAUCAUGGGCACCCAGGGUAGAUCUGGACACAGAUGGACUCCUCUUUUCCAAUAAUGGACAAUGUGUGGAUUGAUUAAAAAAUGGUCAAUUUUAAACAUUGUUUAAGCAUUUCAAAGUAUAUAUUUCAACAAAGCAUUUGUGGAUGAGUGUGAGAUGUGAACUAAAAGCUGUGCUUAGAGUGCUGCUGCUGGAUGCAGUCCAGACCUGUUGUCAAUAUGUAGAGGUUAUGCCGGAGACAGUGGGAAUGAUUUGGGAGAAGUGGAAGCGAUAGCAGCUCAUAAACUAGCAAAUAGCAAAUUAGCAUCAAAUUGCUCUUGUGGGUCAAGUCACUACCAUGAAGACUGGGAGUCAUUUUGCAGUUCUAAUUAGGAAUUGCAAUGUAAGAUCAUAACAACAUAUUAAAAAUUCAUGUAAGAUAUUUGCACUA